AUGAUGAGACCCACGGCACCACGCUACAUGGCCCAGGGGAUCUGGGCCGGAUUUCGGUACUACUUUGGUCACUUCUUUUACCCUAACAUGUACCGGGAGUUUCUUUCUGUCCAGAACGCCCACAAGGUAGAGCGUGCCCUGCGUAUUCAAAGCGCUAUCAAGGCAAACAAGAUUGACUAUCGUGCCUUGUUGGCGUUGCCAGUGACUGAUCAUGCUCAUCCAUACAAAAUGGAGUACCCGUGGGAGAAAUUGAUUUACACUGACUCCCGGGAUCUUGGUUUAUACGGGAAAUGGUACGCCAGCAAGAUUAUGUGCUUUUAUGAGGGUUUACAAUACCACAAAUACGGUUGCCUGCAGGAUGACCUCAUCAACGCCCACGGUUGGUGGAACCGCGCCGCUCGCACUCGUGCGCCACAGGACAAAAUUGUGCAUGGAGACCGUCGUGUUAUGCGUGCUCGAGUGCUGCGUGACAAGUACAUUUAUGAGCCAAAGAGUCGAUGGGUACACCCUAUUGACAACGUCGCAUACUUUGGCCCUUAUGUAAUGAUGGUGUGUGACGAGUGGGAGGAAAAGUGGGGAUUUUUUGCGGGCCAAGAAGUGGAAUAUUAG